AUGGCUUCCCAAGGCCCCCUCUACAUUGGCUUCGACCUCUCCACACAGCAGCUGAAAGGCUUAGUGGUCAAUUCCGAGCUCAAGGUCGUCCAUAUCUCCAAAUUCGACUUCGACGCCGACUCCCGCGGGUUCUCGAUCAAGAAGGGCGUGCUCACCAACGAGGCGGAGCACGAAGUCUUUGCGCCCGUCGCGCUGUGGUUGCAAGCGCUGGACGGCGUGCUGGACGGUCUGCGCAAGCAGGGGCUCGAUUUCAGCCGCGUGCGGGGCAUCAGCGGCGCGGGACAGCAGCACGGCAGUGUCUACUGGGGCGAGAAUGCGGAGAAGCUCCUGGGCGGUUUGGACGCGGGCAAGACGCUGGAGGAACAGCUGAGUGGCGCGUUCUCGCACCCUUUCAGCCCGAACUGGCAGGAUGCCAGUACCCAGAAGGAGUGUGAUGAGUUUGAUGCGGUUCUGGGCGGUCCGGAGCAGUUGGCCGAGGCGACGGGGAGUAAGGCGCACCAUAGAUUCACCGGCCCCCAGAUUCUGCGGUUCCAGAGGAAAUACCCCGAGGUGUACAAGAAGACGUCCCGGAUCUCGCUCGUGUCCUCGUUCCUUGCGUCGUUGCUGCUGGGCCACAUUGCGCCGAUGGACAUCUCCGAUGUCUGCGGUAUGAAUCUGUGGAAUAUCAGAAAGGGUGCCUACGACGAGGAUCUUCUUAAGCUCUGCGCGGGCCCGUUUGGCAUGGAAGACCUCAAGCGGAAGCUGGGUGAUGUUCCGGAAGAUGGAGGCCUACACCUCGGAAAGAUCAACAAGUACUAUAUCGACCGAUAUGGGUUCAGCUCCGACUGCGAGAUCCUCCCCUCGACUGGUGAUAACCCGGCCACCAUCCUCGCUCUGCCGCUGCGACCAUCCGAUGCGAUGGUUUCCCUCGGAACCUCAACCACCUUCCUCAUGUCCACUCCCAGCUACAAGCCCGAUCCUGCCACACAUUUCUUCAACCACCCCACCACCCCGGGACUCUACAUGUUCAUGCUCUGCUACAAGAACGGCGGACUCGCACGCGAGCAUGUCCGCGACGCCAUUAACGAGAAGCUGGGCAGCCCGGCAUCUCAGUCAUGGGAGAACUUUGACAGGAUCACGCUGGAAACACCGCCGCUGGGCCAAAAGUCCGAGUCGGAUCCCAUGAAGCUGGGCCUCUUCUUCCCCCGGCCGGAGAUCGUGCCCAACCUCCGCUCCGGACAGUGGCGGUUCAACUAUAACCCCGCAAACGAAACCCUCACCGAGUCCAACGACGGCUGGAACAACCCGUCCGACGAGGCUCGGGCUAUCGUCGAGAGUCAGAUGCUCUCUCUCCGUCUACGGUCACGCGGUCUGACUCAGAGCCCCGGCGCCAAAAUCCCGCCGCAGCCGCGCCGCGUGUACCUUGUCGGAGGAGGGUCUAAGAACAAGGCGAUCGCUAAGGUUGCCGGAGAGAUCCUGGGAGGAAGUGACGGGGUUUACAAGCUGGAUGUCGGAGACAACGCUUGCGCCCUGGGCGCGGCAUACAAGGCCGUCUGGGCGAUGGAGAGGACGCCUGGUCAGACCUUCGAAGAUCUGAUUGGCCAGCGGUGGCGCGAGGAGGAGUUUAUCGAAAAGAUCGCAGAUGGCUACCAGAAGGGAGUCUUUGAGAAGUACGGCAACGCUGUGGAGGGAUUCGAGAAGAUGGAGCACCAGGUGCUGGAGCAAGAAGCGGCCCGGAAGUAG